AUGGUAACCUAUACCCCCCCGGCAGAGGCUCAGGACCUGCCCAAAUUCAAGGCCCUCUACUUCAGCAACGAAUUCCCCACAGAUGACCUAUCGACCCUGCUUCGCCGGUUACACAACCAUAGCAAACACCGUAGCCAUUCCAUAUUGGCUCGGUUCUUGAAUGAAGCCACGAGGGUACUGCGAAAUGAGGUCAGCCAACUACGCGCCGAGCUAGCCCACCUUGUUCCUGCUUUCGAGUCGGUGACAACUCUCGCGAGUGAGACCAAGCUGCGCAAGGGACCGCUCUGUCAGUCCAUUGAUGGUGUGCUGCUUUGUGUCCUGCAGCUAGGGACGUACAUUGGGCACUGCGAGCUAUAUCCGGAGGACCAAUUAAGUGGGCCCAACAGUCUAUUGACUGGACUGGGAGUGGGCAUUCUCGUUUCAACAGCCGUUUCAGUCUCCACGUCCCUGGAAGAUGUUGUCACGGCUGGUGUUGAAGUCCUGCGCAUUGCUUUUCGUCUGGGCGUGUUUGUGGGCGACGUCUCGCAUAACCUGGAAGCUGUUGAUCCAGAAUCCUCGGAUUCAUGGGCGUACGUUGUCUAUGGACUGACCGUUGACGAAGCCCAGAAAGAGCUGGAUGACAUCCAAGCCAAGGAGCGCACCCCCUCAGCUAGUAAGAUCUUUGUCAGUGCCAUCAGCGAGACCUCGGUCACUGUCAGCGGACCCCCAUCGCGACUCAAGGCCCUCUUCCGCAACUAUGCCUCGUUCAGGGACCGCAAGUUUGCGCACCUCCCGGUAUAUGGCGGACUCUGUCAUGCGGCUCAUAUCUAUACGCGUGAAGAUGCACAAGCUGUCGUUCCAUCCCCUUCGCUCCCAUCCCGUUUCAAGCCAACUGUGCCUGUCUUGUCGACCAGUUCAGGCCAGCCGUUUCUUGCGUCCAGCGCUGCAAACCUGUUCGAGCAGGUGAUUUUCGAAGUCAUGACCAAGCAAAUCGUAUGGGACAAUGUGAUUCGCGGUGUUGCGGAACGGGUGGCCAAGAGUGAUGUUCACGAUGUCAACAUUAAAGUGUUCCGCAAUUCCCUGCCGGCUCAGCAGCUCUCGAGUGCGUUAACGUCCGCUAUGAUUGAUCUCAAUGUCGAGACUGACGACCUCCUGGCGUGGGUUGGGACCGACAUCGACGACGGUGAAUACGCACCCGGUAGCUCCAUGCAGUCGAAGAUCGCCAUUGUCGGCAUGUCGUGUCGCAUGCCUGGCGGCGCGACGGACACGGAGAAAUUCUGGGAUCUUCUUGAAGCUGGGAUGGAUGUGCACCGGAAGAUCUCUGCCGAUCGCUUUGAUGUUGACUCGCAUCAUGACCCUACCGGGAAGAGGAUGAACACCAGCCACACCGCGUAUGGCUGCUUCAUCGAUGAGCCAGGCCUCUUCGACGCCCCCUUCUUCAACAUGUCGCCCCGUGAAGCUGAACAGACCGACCCCAUGCAGCGCUUGGCGAUUGUCACAGCGUACGAGGCCCUCGAGCGAGCCGGGUAUGUGCCGAACCGCACGCCCGCGACGAAUUUAAACCGCAUCGGCACCUGGUACGGCCAAGCGAGCGACGAUUACCGUGAGGUCAACACGGGUCAAGAGAUCAGCACGUACUUCAUCCCCGGUGGAUGUCGUGCCUUUGGUCCCGGUCGGAUUAACUACUUUUUCAAGUUUGCCGGUCCGAGUUUCAACUGUGACACGGCUUGUUCGUCGAGUCUGGCGACUAUCCAGGCGGCCUGCACUGCACUCUGGGCAGGUGAUGUCGACACCGUCGUCGCAGGCGGCCUUAAUGUGCUCACUAACUCGGACGCCUUUGCGGGUCUGUGCAAUGGCCAUUUCCUCACUAAGACGCCCAACGCGUGCAAGACCUGGGACUGCACGGCUGACGGGUACUGCCGUGCUGAUGGUGUCGGGUCAAUCGUGAUGAAGCGGUUGAAUGAUGCAUUGGCCGACAAUGAUAACAUCCUGGGCGUGAUUCCAGCAGCGGCUACUAACCACUCUGCCAAUGCUGUUUCUAUCACGCACCCUCACGCUGGCCACCAGUCCGACUUGUACCGGCAGGUCAUGGCGCGCGCAGGCAUUGAUCCGCUCGAUGUCAGCUACGUGGAAUUCCACGGCACGGGAACUCAAGCAGGCGAUGCUGAAGAGAUGGAGUCCAUCACCAACGUGUUUGCCCCGAUCAAGGGCAAACGAAGAACCUCCAAGCAGACGCUUCACAUCGGUGCUGUCAAGGCGAAUGUCGGUCACGGAGAAGCUGCUGCGGGUGUGACUGCGUUGAUCAAGGUUCUGCUGAUGCUGCAGAAGGGUGCAAUCCCACGCCAUGUCGGCAUCAAGACUGAUAUCAACCCUGGAUUUCCUAAAGAUAUGGACAAGCGUAACUUGCAUAUCCCCUUCGAGACCACGAACUGGUCCCGAUCACCAGAGAAGAAGCGCAUUGCGGUGGUCAACAACUUCAGUGCGGCUGGUGGUAACACUACGCUUGUGCUGGAGGAGGGCCCAGUGCGAGAGAGACUUGGAUCGGAUCCUCGAUCUAGUCAUUGUUUCACUGUCUCUGCAAAGAGCAAGAUCUCCCUCAAGGGAAAUCUUCAACGGUUGAUUGCCUACCUUGAAAAAAAUGACAAUGUGUCGAUGGCAGAUCUGGCCUACUCGCUCACAGCCAGACGGUACCACCACAACCAUCGUGUAGCCAUCAACGCAGCGGAUGUGAGCAGCCUGAAGCAACAGCUUACUUCCAAGCUGGAUGGAGCCGAUUCUAUGAAGCCAAUUCCAGCAACUGGGGCACCACCGGUCGCGUUUAUCUUCACCGGUCAAGGUGCCGCUGACAAGUCGAUGAACUUACAGCUGUAUCAUCACUCGCCAUUCUUCCGAUCGCAGCUUGAAACCCUCGACCGGCUGGGUCAACAGCAUGGAUUCCCAUCGUUCAUCCCAGCCAUCGACGGUAGCUUUCCGAAGGACCACGCCUGGUCGCCCGUCAUCACCCAAGUGGCUCACACCAGCGUUGAGAUUGCCUUGGCCAAGUACUGGGAGACACUCGGCAUCAAACCCGAAGUCGUCGCAGGACAUAGUCUGGGUGAGUACGCCGCAUUCGUCAUUGCUGGUGUUCUCUCAGCAAGUGAUGCCAUUUUUCUCGUCGGGUCGCGUGCCCAGAUGCUGGAGUCAUUGUGUACUGCCGGAACACACAAGAUGAUGGCAGUCAAGGCAUCGCGCUCAGAGAUUGAGGAUGCAGUAAAGGAUUUGCCGUACGAUCUCGCAUGCGUGAAUGGACCAAAAGAGACUGUUCUCUCCGGGACAACAGAGCAAAUGGAGGCCGUUUCCGUUCCUCUUAAAGAGAGAGGCUACAGGGUCAUCUUCCUCGAUGUACCGUUUGCCUUCCACUCAGCCCAGACUGAUCCCAUCUUGGAUCUGUUCGAGGAGACUGCCAGAAAGAGCGUUAUUUUCCGGGCGCCGACACUGCCCAUUGUCUCUCCCUUGCUAGGCAAAGUCGUCUUCGACGAAAAGUCGCUCAAUGCCGAGUAUUUGCGCCGAGCGACGCGCGGAACGGUGGACUUCCUGUCUGCCAUGCAGAACGCGCAGGAGACGUCAAUCGUGGACAAGGAUACUGUCUGGGUUGAGGUCGGGCCUCACCCGGUCUGUGUGGCAUUCAUCAAAGCCAGCUUUGACCCUGCGCCUCUUACCGUAGGCUCUUUUCGUCGUGGGGAGGAUAAUUGGACAACUCUUGCUCAGAGUCUGGGGCAGCUUCAUACUGCCGGGCUCCAGGUGCGUUGGGACGAGUUCCACCGGCCAUUUGAGGUGUUGCUUCGUCUUCUGGAUCUUCCCACCUACAGCUGGAACGAAAAGAACUACUGGAUCCAGUACCGGGGCGACUGGGCGCUUACCAAGGGCAAUACAUUUUACGAUGCUGAGAAGGGCCUUAAUCGACAAGCCGCGACCGCACCGGUGUCUAGUCUCAAGACCACCACUGUCCAGCAGAUCAUCGAGGAGAACUUCAGUGGAUCGUCCGGCAAGGUUGUCAUGCAGUCUGAUCUCAUGCAGCCUGACCUCCUGGCUGCUGCCCAUGGACACAAGAUGAAUAACUGUGGGGUCGUUACAUCGUCAAUCCACGGUGAUAUUGUCUACACCCUCGGUGAAUACCUCUACAAGAAGCUCGUCCCCACAGCCAAAUCGGUGCACGUCAACAUCACCGACUUAACGGUCACCAAGGGCCUUGUCGCUCAAAGCAACACCAAGGUACCGCAGUACUUCCGAGUCACAGCAACAACAGCAGACAUCAACGCCGGCGCGGCCGACUUCGUCUGGGAGAAUGUUGGCAACGACGGCAACGUCUCUGAGCCGUUCGCAACCUGUCGCGUUCUCUACGGCGACGCCGACGCAUGGCUUUCGUCGUGGAGUCCGCUCGCCCAUCUCGUGCAGGGCCGCGUCGAGACCCUUGAGCGUCUCGCAGCCGAGGGGAUCGCCAACCGCUUCUCGCACAAGAUGGCAUACACUCUCUUCGGCAACAAUCUCGUCGAAUACGCGGACAAGUACCGAGGCAUGCAAGCCGUCGUGAUGAACGAGUUCGAGGCCUUUGCCGACGUCACCCUCAAGCACGUCUCCGGCGGAGGGAGCUACACAGUGCCCCCGUACUUCAUCGACAGUGUCGCCCAUCUGGCCGGGUUCAUCAUGAAUGUCUCUGACGCCAGCGACACUGCGAACACGUUUUGCGUGACACCCGGAUGGGAUAGUAUGCGCUUCGCUCGGCCGUUGGUCGCGGGCCAGAAGUACAGGUCCUAUGUCAAGAUGAUCCCGACAAAGGACGAUCCGUCAGUAUACCUUGGAGAUGUGUAUGUCUUCCAGGAUAAUGUGAUCAUGGGUAUGGUGGGAGGCAUCCAAUUCCGUCGCUACCCCCGCAUUCUCAUGAAUCGGUUCUUCGCUGCGCCGGACUCCUCGAUUGCCAAGUCCUAUGCUGCUGCUAGUGGUUCAAGUCCUGCUGCUGUGUCUGCGCCGGCCGCGGCUCCAGCUGUAGUUCAGUCGAAGCCUACUGUGGCAGAGGUCACUCCUCAGGUUUCACCGCCAACACCGGCCCCUGCCUCUACACCACCCGCACCCGUAACUACGCCCGCUGCUGCCCCGGCGGUUGACUCCGACAGCACGUCGGGCAAGGCUUUGGCCCUUAUUGCCAAAGAGGCCGGUCUGGAGCAGUCUGAUCUUACUGACGAUGCAGCAUUCGCAAACCUGGGCGUGGACAGUCUGAUGAGUCUGGUGAUUGCCGAGAAGUUCCGCGAGGAGCUGGGUAUCGUGGUAGCCGGUAGUCUGUUCUUGGAGUAUCCUACGAUCGGGGCUUUGAGGUCGUGGUUGGAGGAGUAUUAUAGUUAG